CAGCCAGCCAGGCGCUCAGUUAGUGGCGCACCCGCAACCUGUCCGUACCGGCGUGUUGCUCCACACCCACGUCUCCUCCACCUUCCCCCCAGCAGGGACCUGGAAUAUUCACCUCGUGAUACCGUGUCUACGCACUAGCAUAUUUGUCCGGGUGCCGUUGGCAGCGGUGCCAGGGAGUGAGGAGCGGGAGGAGGAACAGCAGCAGCUACAGCAGCCAGUAGUGUGGCGUCUGGAGUCCAGUGUGUGUGAGUGUGAGUGUGCUGCCUGAGCAGUGAUCCUCGACCCCGCAGCCUGGGAUGUGCUGGUGCAAGUGUAGUGAGAGAGAGAGCACCGGGAACACGAGUGAGCAGUGGUGGGCCACAGAGAAGAGUGGCGGCAGUGGUGUGUGGUAGUGUAGUGGUGUGUGAGAGAGGUGCCCUCGGACCAGGCACCGGUGAUGGCGCGCCCCUGGCGCCCCGGCUAUUAUGGUUGAGAAUGUGCGCGGCCAGUGCGGGCGUGCGGCGGUGACCAGGGUCGCCAGUAGUCGUGUGGAGUUGCGUGCGUGCCGUGUGCGUGCGUGCCGCGGCGUACACGUGGUGGGCGUAAAUUCAUGCGCCGCGCCCGCGCCCUGUCCCGCGCACUAUGGGUUGUGUGUCCCAGUAGUGGUCACCCUCACCGACCCAGACAGUGGACUAGGCACUGUCCAGCCUGACAGAGAGGCCAUUUUGAAAAUAGUUGAAGCCAACCGUAAGAAGGCUGCAGGUAAACGGCUUACAGCGUGUAGAGGGGAGGAAGUGAAGCAGCAGCAGCAGCAGCUGUCCCACACGCCGGCAGCCGCCCCCUCACCCCGGCCCACGCAGCAGCAGCAGCAGCAGCAGCAGCAGCAGCGGCACCACCGACAGGAGCCUCCACCCUCGGGGGCGGAUGUAGAACGCAUAGCGCUUGCCGUGCAGCGGUGGGCACAAGGCUUCGAUAAAGAGGAGAAACCAGAGCGACAUUAUCAGGAGAAAGGUCGCCAGUACGAGGAGCUGGUGGGCACGCUGGCCGAGCUGGCGGCGGAGAAGCGGGCAGGGCGCGUGGCCCCCGGCCCGGAGCCGCCCACGGGCGCCCCGCGUCAUCAUGAGGCAGUUCAACUCUUCUCUGAACUCAUGCAGACCGACGACGUCUCCACCAUAGCGGCGCAGAUCGCCAACCAGGCCGAGCUUAUCUACCAGACGUGGAAGACGACCGGUCUGAACCCCACCGAGCUUAUCCGCUACCACAGCGUUACCUCAGAGGGCAGCAGCCUGUUCGACGGGGCCGAGCAGGCUGCAGCUGGAGAGCCGAGCUGCGCCGGGCAGCCUUCACUGAACGUCAAGCCGCGCAUGCCCGCCAGGAGCCUCAGUCCUGCGCCGCCCGGCUCCUCGCCAGUGGUGUCCAGAAAACUAGUGGAACCUGCCCUUCACAACGGCAGGCCCCACGCCGCCUCCCCCGUCCGUACCCUCAACACCUCCCCACGCCCCUACGUGCCCCCGGGCUCGGCGCCACAGUCGCCAGGCGCGCAACACCAGCAACAACCAUUGUAUCCCAACAACAACAACGCUGCCCAAUCGGCGCCACAGUCCCCCCGUCAGGCUUACACCUCCCCUACCUCCCCCUUGUUGACACAGGGCAGCCCCCGGCCCUACGUAGCCCCGGCAGCUCCCCAGUCUCCUCGGGGGACUCUUACCCAGCCGCCCCCGCCCCCUGAGAGAUCCUCAUCCUACCCAGGUGUUGAUCCUGCUCAGCAGCAGCAGGAUAGUCCUCUCAAUCUUCUUGGCGAUCCUGAUUUCGAGGCGUCAUUGCAAGAGUUGGUGAACUCUUUUGUGCUGGAGGACAAGGCGCGUCACCACGCAGCCGCGGUCGCCGCCCUGGCGUCGCAACGACCAAAGAGCGCCCCCUCGACCAUCCAGGAGGCGCUCCAGAGGUUCGAACGACAGAUGGCCAUAACCUCCCGCGCGGCUGCCCACGCUGCUGAUCACAUUACUGGCCCCGCAUCUUUAAUGUCUUCGUCUAGCGCAAUGAGCAGCAUUGGACGAUUUGCGCAACAGCAGAUUGCUCACAUGGCGAGCAACAUGGCCAGCAGCGGCAUGAGCAGCAGUAGCUUGAGCCCCUCAAACAACAGCCCUACUGCCAAUGCAGCUGCACGACGGUAUGGCGGAGCCAGAAGCGACACCUCCGUGUCGACGGAGUGGUCACGCAUGCAGACGGAGCACGAGGCCCGUAGCCGUCGCUCCGCCUCUCCAAACCCGCCGGUAUCUCAGCCCGGCUGGAACGAAGGACCUCCGCCCAACACCUCCACUUGGCCCCUCAAGAACAAACAACCAGCAAUCAUUGAAAGAAAAUCAAAACAAAGUCACACUUCCUCUUCCCACGCCGUAUCGUCUGCGGGGGCGGCGUCCUCGUAUUCGUCCUCCACCAGCAGCACCGCCACCAACUACAUCACCACGCUGGAGACGCGGGUGGAGGGCUCAGGAGCCCAGAAGUACUCCAAUGUGCCACUUCGACACAAGGUUGUGACCAUGUCUGCCGUCGACCAGGAGGAGGAGCGUCUAAUGCACGCUCUCCGGACCGGCACGCUCAUUGAUGACGGCGACCACUUGAGACCCAUCGGUCAGGUUCGGCCCCUGUCUGCACCUUCCAUCCCCACCCACAGCCUUUCCCCCGCCCACCCGGCCAAUAAUACUGUCAUCACCGGCGGCCUCACCAACAGUACUGUGGCCCACUCUGAGACAACCGAGCUGCCUGCUCAGGCCAGGAGACCCAAGUAUUCCAUCAGUGUCACUGUUGAUGUUGACAAGCCAACAGAAAUUCAUCAACAGCGGGUCCAACAACAGCAACAGGGUCAACAACAAAAGAUGCAGACCCAGCAACAGAUUCAGCAACAAAAAAUACAGCAGCAGCAGCAGCAACAUCAGGCACAACAAAAAAUACAGCAACAGAUACAUCAACAACAAACGCAACAGCAGCUGCAGCAGAGUAACAUGAGGCAACAGCAGGUGCAGCAGAGCGUCAUAAGACAGGCGUCAAACGCGGCCACGACUCGUGACUCCCCCGCCCGACAGACAGGAAAGGCAGUCGAAGGCGACAUGUCGGCCGUGGACUUCGCUAAGGUUCGUUACCAGGAGUCUCAACAGCACCCACACUCCUCGCAGCGGCUGGAUGACUACCGCAGCAUCUCGAAGCAAGUCGUUAACGGGGACGGACGCGUCAUGAUGGCGCGGACCCGUUUCGAAAAUGGCAGCACCUCGCUGUCAGAUUCCAUGUGGAGGGGGACCCUCAGCAUCCAAGCGGAUGAAGUGGGUUCCACCCUGCCUGAAUUUUACCGACGCAAGUUACGUAAAAUGAGGAAGGCAGGGUCGCCGGAGCCGCUGGUCGCUGGCAGCAUUUCAGCUCUGCCGCACCCCGAGCUGACCGAUCAACAGAAAGCUCACAUCAGAGAGAGAUCGCAGUCUCCUACCACCGGAUACAACAGCGCAGGGGUAGCCAUCAGACCCUUCCUCACUCAGGGCAGCGUGGCCGAACGGGUCCUCAUCUUCGAGCGUGCCCCAACAGAGAUGAAGCCCAAGCCUGGAGCGCCCAUUGCAGCAGCUCCGGAGAAGCGCCGACCAGCCAUCUCUACCUGGCGCGAUCCUGACGAGGUUCGCUCCCUCGCCCAGUUUUGGAACAUCCUGAGCUUUUUGGGGGCGUUAGACGAUUUGACGGAUGGCCUCCAAUCCACCACGUCAGCGACCUCGCCGCCGUCAACGAUUCGACAGAUCGAGGCACCCCCGCCGGCAACGCAGGAGACAAAAGCACUGGUGAGUCGCGAGGAGGAGGAGGCGGAGGCGGAGCCGCAGCGUCUCUCAACCUCACGGCGGCCUGGCACGUACGUGCGGGAGAACAGCGCGAGCCAGAAGGAGAAUGCCCGCCCCUUGUCAGCGUCGGGGGGCAGCUCGCCGGUGUCGUCGCUCUCGCCCACCACCCCGACCAGCACCACGCCCACCACCAGCCCAACUCACCAGCAGAACGCCCACCCUGCCGCCCCGGGCUCUCCCCUGGGGCUGGCCGCCUCCCCGGGCUCUCCGGUCCACUCCCCCAGGACCACCAACACCUCGCGACGCCACACCAAAGCCACCAAGAACCUCCUCAUUCCCAGAUUCUAUUAUCCAAUGGGUCGACCAUCAAGCCAAGUGACACAGGAGCAGGCGCUAUCGCACGUGAACGCUGUGUUCCGGGAGCAGGGGGGCCAAGUAACACGGGAAAAUAUGGGGCCUAUUAUGCGGGCCUGCCAACUGCCCCUCUACUGGAAGGCCCCCCUCUUCAUCGCCGCUGGCGGGGAUAAGCUGGGCUACCUCACGCAGGAACAGUUUGUUGAUUACUGGAACCGAGUUAUUUCUACUUGUCACGAUAUGGCCUCUCGGUUUGUGCGGGUGUUGAGUCGUGGCAUGCGAAACUACCUCAUGCCUGAGGACUUCCUCAGCAUGAUCCAGGAUGUGGUGGACACACACCCUGGGCUAACCUUCCUUAAGGAGGCCACAGAGUUCCACUCCAGAUAUGUUCACACUGUCAUAGCAAGAAUAUAUUAUUGUGUAAAUAGAUCUUGGUCGGGCAGAAUAACUUUGCCAGAGCUUAGGAGAUCUAAUUUGUUACAAGUUAUAAUCUAUUUAGAUGAGGAAGAAGAUAUUAACCAAAUCACAGAUUACUUUAGCUAUGAACACUUCUAUGUCAUUUAUUGCAAGUUCUGGGAACUGGACACCGAUCAUGAUUUGUUCAUUGACAAGCAUGAUCUGGCCAAACACAAUGAACGAGCACUCUCUUGGCGUAUGAUUGAGCGUAUAUUUAGUGGAGCAGUGACAAGAGGACGGCUGCAGAAACAAGAUCGCAUGGGUUACCAAGAAUUUGUGUGGUUCUUAAUUUCUGAAGAAGACAAACGGCAUCCAACAGCUAUAGAGUAUUGGUUUAGAUGCAUGGACCUUGAUGGAGAUGGUUACCUAUCUAUGUACGAGCUGGAAUACUUCUAUGAAGAACAGUUGCAGCGUAUGGAAGCUUUGGGCAUUGAAACUCUACCUUUUCAUGAUUGUCUUUGUCAGAUGCUAGAUAUGGUUAGACCAGAGGAAAUUGACAAGAUCUCACUCAGGGAUCUGAAAAAGUGUCGAAUGACUCCCAUAUUCUUUGACACAUUUUUCAACCUGGAGAAAUAUUUGGACCAUGAGCAACGUGAUCCAUUUGCCUCCCACCGUGCUGAUGAUGACGGACCAGAGUUUCUGCAGGUAUCCGACUGGGAUCGUUAUGCUGCCGAAGAAUAUGAGCUUUUAGUUGCCGAAGAAGGAGGAGCAGAUCACCAAGACGACAUGUUCUACGGAGACGAAGAUGAGUUAUCGAUGGGAUGUGACGAUGCCUUGGACUCGAACGGAGGCAGCAGGAACAAUCUGGGAGGCGUAGGGAGUGGAGGAGCCCUCAACAAGCACUCUCCGCUCUCGGCGACUGUCACUAACCUGGCCGCUGAUCCCAUGGACGUUGAUGAUGAUUAUCCUGAUUAUGCCGACUCGGAUGAUUACCAGUACUGAAAACUCUUAUAAUUUAAACUGACUGAUUCUCAUCUUGAAAAUAAGUGAUGAAGAUUCUCCCAAAGUAAUACAGUAUCAUUAAUGGCAACUGAUUUGAUGUAUGUGAAACUUUUCCUCCUGUGGCUCUGAGGUAUAUAUAUUGUUGAAUAUGAUCUUGUUUUCAAACUUCAAUGAGAGUUGUAUACAACAUAUAUUGUAAAUAAUGUUAGACACCCAAAAGAACAUAAAAGUGUGAUGGAUCUUCAUGCAAAUUUUGUGGCAUUGAGUGAUAUUAUUUGAUUAUUGCUAAAGUGAGUGGUUGUAAUUUGACAAAUAUUUAAUUUCUACUAUUCUUAUCAAUGGUUAUUCUCUAAAUUUUCCUACAGAUUCAUAGCUUUCCUCUUGUAAAUUUUAUGUAUUUAAUAUAUUUACUUUAAAGUUUUAACAGAUUAUAGUGCUCACUCGAAAAUCCAGACUUCCAUAGGGUAAAUUUUUCAUAAAAAAAAAAGACGGAUAAAGUUGCUCAUAAAAUAGUUUUGGUCAUGGGAAAAGGUGGAUGAGGGGAGUUAAGGGAAUUAUCAGGGAAAAGCGCCAAGCCGUUAGACUAUAUAUAGCACUGGAAGGGAUCAAGAUAAGGAUUUGGGAUGGGGGCGGGGGGAAGGGAUUGUGCCCAACCACUUGAACGGUUGGGGAUUGAAUGCCGACCUGCAUAAAUUGAGACUGUAGCUCUACCGUCCAGCCCAAGUGGCUGGACAAAAAGGAUGGAUGAGCCAAAGAAAUGUUUAGGGUGAGAAAUUCGGUGGUUUAUUUAAGAAUAAAUCAUAUGGCUAGUUUUCAUUUUGAAAGUGGCUUGGUGGAAGUGUUAAAAAUGUUAUUUUGAAAAAGACCCUAUUAUCUUAUUUAUUGGAAUAGGUUCCAAAGAUAUUUCAUACACAAUCUGAGCUAAAGAAAGUGUUUUGGGUGUGGGGAAAGUCUUUGGGCCUGUUACAUUUUACAGCAUUAGAGGGGUCAGUGAAAUGGUACCUUUUUGAGAAAUAAGAAAGUGGUUGGUUCUUGGAAAAUACUUGGGAUGAGGGUCAAAUCUCUCUACUGAUAGGAUCUCUCAGUAAAUAUCUAUCAUAUGAUAGAUUAUUUAUGUUUCACUUGAUGAAAUUCACCCAUAUUGUAUUUGAAAAAUUAGGGUUUAAUAGUAACUUUUAAUAUUUAUCUGAUCACAUUUUUAAAGAUUAUCAUAGAAUGCAACGUAGAGAAAUUGUUCUGUGGGAAACCCAUUAAGCAUAAUUAUAGCAAAUGUUUAAGAUUCAUUUUCAUUUUGAGAUUUAUAUAUAAAAAUCUGGAAAAUUUGGUGAUGGCCAAAACAUUUGGAAUUAUUCAGAAAUUUAUGUAAAUUAUUAUUCAUGUAAAUUUACACCUGGUCUGGAAUAAUAUAAUCUAGAUUUUAGAGGGAGCACUGUAGCUUGUCUUCACAAAGCAAAAAAUAGUUAUAUUGAUAAUUUCAAGUUUUAAUGGUACAGUGAAAUUGUGGUAAUUUUUUUUUUUAUAGAAGUAAAUAGGUAACCAGUAUGAACACAUUGUAAUUGUAAUUAACUAGUGCACUUUUUUUUUUUUUUUUUUUUUUUUUUUUUUUUAAAUUGUGGCUUUCUUGAGAUUCGGUAUUUGAUUGAAAUGUAAUUAUUUUCCUCUCAUUAAUGCCUUAAUUACUUGAUACCUUGUUAAGCAGAAUAUUGAGCGUGUAGAACGUAUUAAUUCAAUGUUAAAGUUCAUGUUAUACAUGUUAACAGAAAUAGAUAAAUUAGUCUAGAUAUUCUGUUCGACUAGUUAACAAGUAAUCUAGACACUGAUUUAGUGUUUUUUUCAUGAACACACUUCAUUGUGAUGCUUCAAAACUGGUUAUCUCGGAAGAAAAUUCUGUCUUGCAGCAUGAUCCUUCCCAACUUCCUCAUGUGCCAAGAAGCAUGCUCAGCCUAUCUUGCUUGUGGAUGCUAAGCUCCUCUAUGCAAAAUUUGAACAAGAGGAAUGGCAAACGUGUCUCUCUCUCUCUGUGUUAAUGCAUGAAUGACAAAAACCUUGAACCAAAGACAUACCCGAUAGUGAAUUUUAAGGGUCGCAGCUAAGACAUCUAGUGACUGCAUGGAUAUUUAUCAUUUUUAUAAUCACUCGGUUUACAAGACUUUCAAUGUAAACGUGUGUGUAACUUUGGAAUGCGAACAAUACUGGCAUACUAUGAUCUGAGUAUGUGCCUAGAUGUCAGUGCCAAUAACACAAAACAUUGUCAUAACCUUCCAAGAAUUUCUUGGCAGCAUAUGAUAUUGAUCCCAAUUAUUGCAGUGCACCAUCUGUUGUGUGGACCUGUUACAGGAAGCUGUUUUUAAGUACCUUAAAUUUUCCAGUGCUUGUGAAAUAUUUAAAACAUUCUAGAGGAAUGUGACAAUUGAGUGUAUAUAUUGACUUCCUGAGACGAGGAAUAUCCUGUGCUUUAAAUUAACUGCCUUAUGGGAAUGAUUCCCAUAGAAAUGUGAUGAGGUGUCCCAGAUGUCAUUUACCUCAGAAAUGUUCGUCUUCCUUACCCACAGAAAUCAAGUCCCUCCAUAAAGUGCCUCCCUGUGUUCCUGACAAUUACCAGGUGAACUCUGAUAGACUAAGGUUUCAGGUGUUAUUUACAUACAUCACUAGAAACAUAAAUUCUCUAUUAGAACCAUCAGCUCCUGGAUGAAUUGUGUCAACUAAUAAAUUUGAGCAUCUGUUUUACCAAAUGUUUUAGACGGUUUUCAGCAUAACCAAAUUUCUUGCUUCGAUUUUUUUUUUCAGAUACCCAAUUACCAGCAUUUAAGUAUUCAUUGUUCAUAAACCCUGUGAUUUUGUUUUAUUUAUAUUAAAAAUUAUAAAGCACAAACCUUAACAUGCAAUAGAGUUGUUUGAUUUUGCCAUCUUCAAUGACAUACAUGCUCCUACAAACAGCUGAUUAUUCUUAAAUUUGCAUAAUUUUGUAUUUGACUAGCAGUUAUGUUACUGCAACAAUGUCUGUUAAGAAACUUAAAAAGAAUGGAAUGUACUGUAUCAGUAUUAGUAAGUCUUGAAUUCAAGCUAAACUAUAUUAAUUGUUUUCCAUACUUUAGGAGCUUUUUUGAAUUUAAGAAGCCUAUGAACAACAAAAGAAAAUUCACUGUCAUAUCUGAUAACUGUAUUUCGUCAAGAUUUAAAUUAAAAAAUGCUAAAGUACUUUUUUAAUAAGUUUUAUUUUAUAUUUGGAGUUAUUGACAGCAUCUAUUUGCAAAUGUAGGCAAGUUUGAGCACUGGAAAUCAUACACUAUGCAUAACACGAGUUAGCCUGAUACUGGACAAAGGGCAAGUUGAGUUAUUGUAAAAAGCAGCUGUUUGACAAUGCCUUAUCAGAUAUAAUCAUGCAAUUUCUAAAUAAGAUGGUUUUUAAUUAUUUAUAUGCAGUGUAAGUUUACAAGUAUAAGAACUUUAAGCCGUUUGAUUGACUUUUUUAUUAUUAUUAGUGUAAUAACAUUGCUAAAACAAAUGUGAUGUUUAAACAGACCUACCCUCUCUAGGUGGAGUGUGCAGCUCUGGUAGUUGGCUUGUACUCACGUCUUAUUACAUAGUCCCUUGUGCUGAAGUGCCAUUCUUUCUGCCCGGUGCAGAAGGAAACUGUGAAAUUAAAUACCAUAUGCUGUUUUGUUACAGUUCUCUUUCUAUUAUAUAUAUAUAUAUAUAUAUAUAUAUAUAUAUAUAUAUAUAUAUAUAUAUAAAUAUAUAUAUAUAUAUAUAUAUAUAUAUAUAUAUAUAUAAAUAUAUAUAAAUAUAAAUAAAUAUAAUGUAUCACUAUAUUAACUUGUCCUCUUAUGAAUGUUGGAACAGAAAUACAAGUUGUAUGGUUGAUACCCAAUUGAUCAUUGUUAAAACAUUAAUUGAUAGCUAAACGAAUAUUAUUUGAUAGUUUUAGUAUUGGAGUCCUGUAUAAGUUUUUACCAGCUCAUUUCAUGUAUUCAAACUUUCUUUUCUUUACAUAUUUUAUUUAAAUGAUCUUGCCAUUUUCCUAUAAUUGCUUACAAUAUACAAAUUAUUAAAGUUUGCACUAUUGUUAAGUCUUGAUUAUAUGCCCAAAAAUGCCAUUUCAAAUAAGACUAGUUUCAUCUGUUCUGUGUAAUUCUGUUAAAUAUUAGGAAAUCCGAUUUUAGUUUCCAGUUUCAUUACUGUUUCAUUCUUAGUCUGAUCAGCUAUAGGUUUGUGUCUAGAAUAAUACUAAAUGAAGAGAACAUAAUUUACUUGGUUCUCAUUCAAAUCUGUACAAGAAUGAUUGACCUACUGUUAGACAAGUAAAAGCCAUGGAGAUUGUGUUAUUAAAUCAGAUGUUAUUUAAUUUAAUGAGAAACUAAAGCAGUAAUCUCUUAGCUCAUGGGGAAAGGGCUCUUGGAAAUAUACAUCCCUUUGUAAGACAAUGUAUCAGAUUAUAGAUGACGGGUAAUUCAAUAGUAAUUGAAUUAAUACAUGCACGUUCCCAUUUCAUCGUCAUAAUCAAUCUACUGUACUAUUAAACCAUAAAAUUUGUUUUGAGCAGAUGGCCAAAAGUUGUAAUGAUUAUGUCCAGAAAUAUACAAAGUUUCAAUGUUCAUAGAAAGUAUGUUACUGUAGUUGCAUUCAGCAUUGUAAUUAUUUUGUUUUCUUGAAGAGAUGUUGACAAACAUUGCCAGUUGCGCUCCAAACUAGUCAGGACGUCAAAUUUGCACUUCUCUGAUUCAUCGCAUUUUUAUUUUUCUGCCAAUCCAAGUGUCAUGUCACCAGCGACUGUGUUGCUAAGUCGCAAAGUAAUAUUGACCCCAGUGUUUUUGUGAAAUGAGAAAAUGUAAAUGGUGUUGGUAUCACCUUGUUUGUAUGUUUAUCAUAUUUGUAAUAUGUUGUAUAAAGGAGUUAACAUUCAUUUUGGAUAA